AUUGUUUUCAAACAAAAAGGCCAAAUAAUGCUAUAAAUUUCUAAAUUACACCACCAAACAACCUUAUGGAUUUAAUACUAUUUUUGUAUGCUAAAUGAUCUCAGCUCUUAACUUAUUCCUAAUACCUUGAUUUACAUUUUUUGUUUCCUCCGAUUAAGAUUUUUUAGCGUUUAGAAUUAGUAUAAUUUUUUAAUUCAUAAAUGAAUUUUCAUGUUUAUCUUAAUCUUAUUGACCUUGACUUAGUGCCAAGUCAUGGUCUUUCUAUCCACACCUUUUUAUUUUUUAUUUUUUUAGUUUUUCCUUUUUGUCCAAGUCAAGGUCUUCAAUCAAGGCACUUGGUUUUUGUGGUGAGGCAAAGAUUCAAGUCAUUUUCCACUCAAUUAGAAUUUAAUAUGAUACUACUCAAAUAAUACUAAAAACAAAAAGAAGUGAGGCUAUCAUUGUCAUUGCUUUAAACCACUUUCUAUAUAUUUUGUUGAAUUGAAAAUGCAAGGGAAACAAGAAAGAAGUUUCAGGUAAGGAACUAAUAUUGGUAAAUUAUUUUUAAUAUGCUUUUCUAUCUAAUCCUUCUAACUCUAAGUGAUUUAGGUUUUCGCCAAUCAAAGUAAGGUUGAUCUUUGAGAUGAUUAUAAUUGUUUUUCUUAAUAUAUAUUUACAUAUGUUAUUAGUAGAUUUUUUUAGACUGGUGACGUUUGUUAAAUGUGUUGUUUAAAAUAAGUUCUUUAUGUUGUGCAAUUGUCUUUUAGAUUUUGCCAGUGUUUUCAUUUUUAUGUUGGAAAUAAAAUUUUAAUUCAAUUCAAUAAAAUGCUGACUACAUAUUGGAAUUCAAUUUUUACAGGUGUUCCUUACUAGAGAAUUGAAUAUUUACAUGGAGAAAAUUUCGAUUAUUGGUUUCAUUUUAGCUAUUCUCUAUUUCAUAACAACAGAACUUGCAUGUAAUGGUCAUACCCGUAUCGACAAUAAUGUUGAAUCUGAACAAAAGGCUCUUAUCGACUUCAAAAGUGGUCUCAAAGAUCCCAACAAUCGGCUUUCAUCAUGGAAAGGAAGCACUUAUUGCUAUUGGCAAGGAAUUAGUUGCGAAAAUGGCACAGGAUUUGUCAUUUCAAUUGAUCUUCAUAACCCUUAUCCUCGUGAGAAUGUAUAUGAGAACUGGAGCUCUAUGAACUUGAGUGGAGAAAUUAGUCCUUCAUUGAUAAAACUCAAGUCUUUGAAAUAUCUAGAUUUGAGUUUCAACUCAUUCAAAGCCAUGCCAGUUCCUCAAUUCUUUGGGUCUCUGGAGAAUUUAAUAUAUCUAAACUUAUCGAGUGCUGGGUUUAGUGGAUCAAUUCCUUCAAAUUUAAGGAAUCUUUCUAGCUUGCAAUAUCUCGAUCUUUCUUCUGAGUAUCUUGACGAUAUUGAUUCUAUGUAUCUUUACGAUAUUGAUUCUGAAUAUUUUAAUAAUUUAUUUGUUGAAAAUAUUGAAUGGAUGACUGACCUUGUUUCCUUGAAGUAUCUUAGUAUGAAUUAUGUUAACCUUUCAUUGGUAGGAAGUCAGUGGGUUGAGGUGGCAAACAAGCUUCCAAGUUUAACCGAGUUGCAUCUAGGUGGUUGUAGCCUUUCUGGCUCAUUUCCAUCUCCAAGCUUUGUUAAUCUUACUUCACUUGCUGUUAUAGCUAUCAACUCGAACCACUUCAAUUCCAAGUUUCCUAACUGGCUUUUAAAUGUUAGCAACCUUGUAUCCAUUGAUAUAAGUCACAAUCAAUUGCAUGGGAGAAUUCCACUUGGUCUUGGUGAGCUACCCAAUUUGCAAUACUUAGAUCUAUCUUGGAAUUUCAAUCUCAGGCGCAGUAUCUCUCAACUAUUGAGGAAGAGUUGGAAAAAGAUAGAAGUUCUAAAUUUGGCUCGUAAUGAAUUACAUGGUUCAAUUCCAAGCUCCAUUGGAAACUUUUGCAACUUAAAAUAUCUGGAUUUGGGUUUUAAUCUCUUGAAUGGAAGUUUACCUGAGAUUAUCAAAGGACUUGAAACCUGCAGAUCUAAAAGUCCUUUGCCUAAUUUGACGGAAUUAUACUUGCACAGGAAUCAAUUGAUGGGAACAUUGCCGAAUUGGUUGGGUGAGCUUAAAAAUCUUAGGGUACUUGCUUUAUCCGGUAACAAAUUUGAAGGUCCCAUCCCUUUUUUUUUAUGGACAUUGCAACACCUGGAGUAUAUGUAUCUUUCAUGGAAUGAGUUGAAUGGAAGUCUCCCAGAUAGUGUUGGACAACUUUCUCAACUGCAAGGCUUGGGUGUUGGUUCCAAUCAUAUGAGUGGAAGUCUCUCUGAACAACAUUUUUUGAAGUUGAGUAAGUUGGAGUAUCUACGGAUGGGAUCCAAUUGUUUCCAUUUGAAUGUUAGUCCCAAUUGGGUUCCCCCUUUCCAGGUGAAAUAUCUUUUUUUGGAUUCAUGGCACUUGGGUCCUUCAUUUCCGGCUUGGCUUCAGUCUCAAAAGAACCUCGAGGAUCUUGAUUUCUCAAAUGACAGCAUUUCAAGUCCCAUUCCAGACUGGUUUUGGAAUAUUUCUUUGAAUCUGCAACGGUUGAAUCUUUCUCACAAUCAAUUACAAGGUCAGCUACCAAAUUCAUUAAAAUUUCAUUAUGGUGAAUCAGAGAUUGAUUUCAGUUCCAACCUCUUUGAAGGACCUAUUCCUUUUUCAAUCAAAGGGGUCUAUUUUCUAGAUCUCUCCCAUAAUAAAUUUUCUGUCCCUAUCCCACUGAGCAGAGGUGAAUCCAUGUUAGACUUGAGAUACCUUCUUCUUUCCGAUAAUCAAAUAACAGGGGCCAUCCCAUCAAACAUAGGCGAAUCCCUACCCAACUUGAUUUUCCUUUCUCUCUCGGGUAAUCAAAUAACAGGGGCCAUCCCAUCAAACAUAGGUGAAUCCCUACCUGGCUUGUAUUUCCUUUCUCUCUCGGGUAAUCAAAUAACAGGGACCAUCCCAGAUUCCAUAGGACGCAUCACCUAUCUUGAAGUCAUUGAUUUUUCAAGGAAUAAUUUGAUUGGAAGCAUUCCUUCUACCAUAAAUAAUUGCUCUAACCUUUUUGUGUUAGACCUUGGAAACAACAAUCUGUUUGGGAUAAUACCAAAGUCGUUGGGCCAGUUACAAUCACUCCAAUCACUGCACUUGAACCACAACGAGCUUUCAGGAGAGCUCCCCUCAUCUUUCCAAAAUUUAACAGGCUUGGAAGUUCUUGAUCUUAGUUACAACAAAUUGUUGGGUGAGGUUCCUGCAUGGAUUGGAGCUGCUUUCGUAAAUCUGGUAAUACUCAACUUGAGGUCGAAUGUGUUUUGUGGAAGACUUCCCUCCCGACUUUCAAAUUUAAGCUCCCUGCAUGUCUUAGACCUUGCACAAAACAAUCUGAUGGGUGAAAUUCCAAUCACUUUGGUUGAGCUUAAAGCCAUGGCUCAAGAGCAAAUGAAUAUAUAUUGGUUAAAUGAGAAUGCCAACUCCUGGUAUGAAGAACGAUUGGUUGUGAUUGCCAAAGGCCAAAGUCUUGAAUAUACCAGGACUCUUUCUCUUGUUGUAGGCAUUGACCUAUCGGACAAUAAUUUAAGUGGAGAGUUUCCCCAAGAAAUAACAAAAUUGUUUGGUUUGGUGGUUUUGAACUUGUCGAGGAAUCACAUCACUGGCCAAAUUCCUGAAAACAUUUCAAUGUUGCGACAAUUGUCAUCUCUUGAUUUGUCAAGCAAUAAGCUUUCCGGCACCAUUCCUUCAAGCAUGGCCUCAUUAUCAUUCUUGAGUUAUUUGAAUCUAUCAAAUAACAAUUUCUAUGGUGAGAUCCCCUUUAUAGGGCAAAUGGCAACCUUCCCCGAGCUGGCCUUUGUGGGAAACCCUGAUCUACGUGGACCUCCACUAGCCACAAAAUGCCAAGAUGAAGAUCCAAAUAAAUGGCAAAGUGUUGUUAGUGACAAAAAUGAUGGUGGCUUUAUUGAUCAAUGGUUUUACUUCAGCAUUAGCUUGGGAUUUACUAUGGGAGUCCUAGUUCCAUAUUAUGUUUUGGCAACAAGGAAAUCUUGGUGUGAGGCCUAUUUUGAUUUUGUGGAUGAGAUUGUCAGAUGGUUGUUGAGAGGAAGAGCAAUCUAUGCCAAAAAUCAUCCUAGAAGGCGAUAAAUUUUGUUUGUAGAUCUUUCUAUGCUUUAUGUAUCAUAAUAAGCUUUGGAAGUGAAUUUCAUCACAGUUGCAAUAGAAGAAAAGACUUAGCUUUUAA